UCAAGUAUUUAUAUUGGUCUGUUUUGCCUUUUGAAUAAUAUAUUACCUGUAACAACUUGCAAUCAGUCGAACUUGUCUCAACAAACAGAAUUAGUUAUAAAGAAAUCAAUACAGAGCUUGUGACAGUUUUCCUUCAGGUGAGCUUGGUGCACAUCAGUGGUGUAAGUAAGAGGCAUCAGAUAUUGUGAGGUGAAUUAUAAUUAGGAUGGAAAUAAAAUAUAAUAGGACGAAGACCCAACUGAUGAUUCCUACAAUGUAUAACAUCACCAUGGAAGAUUCCAACUGGAUUAUGACUUCAGCAUUCAUUAUAUUCACUAUGCAGACAGGUUUUGGAUUGUUAGAAUCCGGCUGUGUGUCACUAAAGAAUGAAGUAAACAUCAUGAUGAAGAAUGUGGUUGAUAUCUUCCUUGGUGGAAUUAGCUACUGGCUCUUCGGCUUUGGAUUCCAGUAUGGCUACGGGCCUUAUACAAACCCUCUAUUAGGUGUGGGAGACUUUGCAAUGGAUGUACCAGUUGGGGAUGAAAUGAUGGGUGCUAUGUUCACCGCCUUUCUAUUCCAGCUGUCUUUUGCAACCACCGCCACUACAAUAGUGUCUGGAGCAAUGGCAGAAAGAUGCAAUUUCAAAGCUUAUUGCCUGUUCUCCUUCCUGAACACGGUGGUGUACUGUGUACCUGCUGGUUGGGUCUGGGGACAACAUGGCUUCCUCAACAAGUUGGGUGCGAUCGACAUUGCAGGCUCAGGGUGUGUCCAUCUCAUUGGUGGAACUUCAGCAUUGGCCUCAGCAAUAAUGCUAGGACCCAGGCUAGGCCGAUACACGCACGGAAUAAAGCCCUUGCCCCUUGGAUCACCAGUCAACUGUGCCAUGGGACUAUUUGUUCUGUGGUGGGGAUGGUUGGCUUUCAACUCUGGAAGCACUUACGGUGUGAGUGGACAGAAGUGGCAGUAUGCAGCCAGAGCUGCCGUGUUGACGAUGCUUUCUUCUUUCGGUGGAGGCUCUGUUGGACUGUUCUACACAUUAUACUCCAAUACGGGACAUGUGGAGAUUAUGGACCUGAUAAACAGUGUGCUCGCUGCACUUGUUUCCAUCACAGCGGGAUGUUUCCUGUAUACAGCCUGGGAAGCUAUACUCAUCGGCUGUGUGGGUGGCGUUUUGUGCUGUGUCACCAUGCCUUUGUUUGACAAGUUUGGCAUUGAUGAUCCAGUUGGUGCAUCCUCUGUCCAUGGAAUCUGUGGGAUCUGGGGAGUUCUGGCAGUGGGGUUGUUCUCUCAGGACCCCAAACCUCUUACCACAACAAAUGGAAGGACAGGACUACUUAGAGGAGGUGGAUGGUACCUGUUAGGAGUGCAAGCGUUGACCUGUGCGUGUCUCGGUGUGUGGAGUUUUACUACAACAUUUAUCAUCUUGUGGAUAGUGAACCGAAUCCUUCCAAUAAGGUUGUCAGAACAUGACGAGUUGCUCGGAGCUGAUCUGGCCGAGCACCGCAUCAAACACCGGGGUGUGGGUGUCAGUCAUGCCGUCUCCCAACUGUUUCUAACUCACCCGAACACAUUCAACUUCCAGUCAAUCCAAAACAUCGGAACAAACCCAGGGCACGAGGCAUACUUGAGCGAAUAUGUACAGCGACAGACCCAGCUGCAAAGCAUUUCUGCUCACACUUCGUUCCGCAACAAACUGAAUGAAAUUCACAUCAAAGAUCCUAGUUACAUCCCACAAUAUGCUUGGGUGGAAUAGUUUAUGGAUGAUUCAAAUUCUGUGUGAUAUAAAAGUAGU